AUGUGGCCACCUCCUGCUACGGCAUCCAUCGACGCCGUGUUGAACUUCUUUGCGGUGCCAUUGUCUUUGUGGGGGGCAUUCUGUGCGGCAGUUGGAGACCCACAAGGAGAUUUGCGACUGGUGGCCUGCAUGCCACCAGCUAUGGUGGCGGAGGCCUUGUCAGCCUGCCGCACCGAUUCUGGCAGGCGGCUCACUCCAGUAGAAGCGAUCCAACUGGGGCUGGUGUUCAGGGCCUGCCAUCGCAUUGUGCACCUUUCUUCAGGGAGCAGCCUGGCUUCAUGGGUAGAUCCGAAUCCGUGGGAGACUACACCCUCGACGAGCAGCACGGCAAGGGAACAGGCUACCUCCUUGAAUAUGACGGCUACACCACAGGAGAGAAAGAUGAAGCUGAGCCAGGUGGCAGAUCAAGGGGACGAGUCGGAGUUUCCAAUCAUGCCGGAAUCCAGCAAGGCGGCGUUCUACUCCCGCUACGUGGCCAAAGUGGGAGGCCUGCCGGCAGACUCGGAAGACCCUACAAUAGAGCAACUGUCUGCCCUGCUGAGGAAGGUCAAGGUGCUGCAUCAGCCCCCCUACUGCGACUUUGCAGUUUGGGUACCUUUUGCAAAGCGCCACAUGAAAGCCCAGAAGUACCAGCAGUUUGUCCUCCAAGAGGAUGGAACGUUUCUGUCAAAGCAGGUGCCAGGGCCCUCAUGCUUUGCCCACUGGCAGGCAUCGUUCCGCGUUCUGAGGACGGCCUUGGUGAUGACGGACAUCAUCUCCAUCUCGAACCUCAUGGAGUGGGAGACAAUGGUGGAGAGACUACAUCGCCAGUAUCCAGGUUGCUGGGGCUUGGUGGCAGCGGCGGAGGAUCGUGGACGGGGCAAGUACAUGACAAAGACUCUCGCCAAGAUCCAGCUGGAGAUGGACCAAGGAGGGCAACCACCAUUGGGCUGGCGGAGAGAAGAACCCUGGGACAUCGUGUGGGGCAAGGUACUUCGAGAUCGAGAUUACUGGUCAGAACAAGUUCAUGUGCCGGCCAUCGCAUGUACCGCCAGGGGGCAGAAAGGAAAACCGCUGAGCCCAAUGGAAGAGUUAGCAGAAGCGUCAAUGCGAGGGGGGCGUCAAGCACUACAAGACACCGAGGAGCUGGAGGUGGAAGAAUCGGAGUCGCAGAGAGGCCAGAAAGAAGAGAGUCAAAGCAGAAAGAGAGGAGCUCAACUCUUGGAGAAAAGGCGGCAAAGGUGGCGGAGGAAAGGCUUCUGGAGCAGCCCACGGAAAAGGGGCUACUUCAGAAGAGGCCUGUUUCGCCUGGAACAAUGGGAAUGGGUUGUGUGGCGGGCUAGCCCCAGGCGAGGCCUGCCGCGCAAAGACCCCCCGCAAGCACAAGUGCACUCAAUGCGGGUCUCCUGGACACCCUUCGAAGGACUGCCCUUCCAAGAAGAAAUGAAAUGGUUCCUGAAGUUCAUGGGGGUGAUCCACAUGGCAGGGGACGACAACCAGAAAGGAGGCGAGGGAAAGCCCGAGCCCAAAGAGGAAGGCAGAACAGUAUCCAACAAGGAACUCCACCAGGGAUUGAAGAAGGGCACGAAGAGGAAGAACCACUCGGGGGAUGAUCCAGGUGCCACUGCAGACACCGUUCAGGAGACGGAAGACAUUGAGGCAGCCACCAAGAAGGUCAUCGAGUCAGAGGACUACCAGAGGGGUUUGCAGGUGUCUAUGCCGGACUCACUUAUCGGCGUGGACAUCCAGGCGGAGAACGGCCCAGGCGAGCACUUCUAUCGGCUGCCUACCCCACGCGCGGCACCGUCGCUGUGGGGUACCAAAGGCGAGGCGGCCGGAGGAGUGUACUUCACUCCGCAGCCGGGCUCAAACAUGGUCGCCCCUGACGACCCUCUGACCUUGGCGGGGUGGGACAUUUUCUUUUGGCUAGUCUUGACCGGACUGGCCUCCCACUUAGCUGCGGUGCUAUGGCUUUGCAAAGCUUGCUGGACCUCAUCAGGAUGCCGGAGGCAGACACUGAAGGUCUACCCCACGGGCAACCGGGUCGAAGCGGGAGCGAAGUGGGUCAAGGGGGAGGACUUCCAGCUCAGCUUUCCUUCGACGAGAGGCUCGCGGGAGACCCAAAGAGGUCCUCCUUCUGGUCAAGGCCUACUACCUGGACUAGGAGGGCAAGCAAGGCGAAAUCACAUGGAAGGCGACAUGGGCGAGUGGACGCCCUCUAGAUUGGGGGCUGCCUGGGGCAUUCAAAUCCUUGGCAGCCCCUCCAAAGCGGAGAUGGCGGAGACGCCAGCGGUGAAGAGGAGCGCCUGGGACGCGCUAAGAGGCUGGAUGAGUCCCUCCAAGAAGCCACACAAAUCGCCACCCAUGGAGGCGCCAAAGAGGCUGGAUUUACCGGUGUUGAAACACCAUGCGAAGGGCAAGAAGAAGCAGGAUAAGUUCCUACUGGCCUUAGCCUCGGCAAAAGCGCUCAGGGGCAGGAACUUCAAGAACCCAUCCAUCGAAAAGGAUUUCUGCGCGGCAUCGUCGUUGGGCUCCAAGAAUGCUAAGAAGAGGACCGUGGCGAAGAUCCUGGAAUCGUUCAACUCACCUGGGCCUCCUCUACCUCUCACAGCAGACACCCUCAAAGGACUGGCAUCAGCUCUGUCCGACGGGGGCUACAAGGCAGGGGAGGGCUAUGUGGUGGAAGCUAAGUUGUGGCAUGUCGAGGAAGGACAUGCGUGGUCAGAUCUGCUAGACCGAGUCUUCAAACAAUGUAAGAGGGCCCUAGCCAGGGGGCAGGGGCCCAGGAAGAAGGCAGCAGAGGUGCCUCUGGAGGCAAGGCACAAACCAAACAAGUUGAACUUCAGCAAGACGGAGAAAGCAGUGAAAUUCGGGAAAGAGCUCUUCGUCUUCAGUGUGGUUUGGAUGCUGCGGGAGAUAGAGCUCGCGGCACUGUGCACCAACGACCUCACGAUUGACCACACUUCGAAGAGGGUGAGCCUGUACCUGAAGAUGAGCAAGAUGGAUGCGUCGGGCAAAGGCGUCACUCGCACCCUACAGUGCCUCUGCGUGGGGAACGACUGCGGCAAGGAGUGCCCCUACGGUGUCACUACUGAUUUGGUGUGCGCGGUGGAGAAGUUCAACGGCACGGGAUCGCCGCUGAUGCUGAUGAAGGACAAGCAGGCAGCCACAAAGGCCCAGAUCAUCAAGACGUGGAGGUGGUUGUUUGGGCAGGAGGUGUCGGGCCAUUCAGGGAGAAGGUCAGGCGCUUUGUCUUACAUCAGGGCGGGAUGGUCCAUAUCGCAAGUAGCGCACCUGGGGAGAUGGAAGUCAAGUGCAAUCCUUCAAUACGCCGAAGAAGCGCUGGAACAGAUGCCGGCAAAUUUGCACCUACCGAACACGACGGUGGGCGACACGGGCGUGAUCGAGACGAAGCUGCACCAAGUCUCCGAGGAAGAGUUGAAACUCUGGAAGAAACAACUCAGGGAAGAGAUCAAGCUGCUGAGGGAGGACAUGGACAAGAAGGAAGCCGACCAAGAGGUGAUGCUGGACUACUGGGCGAAGUUCUACAAGGAGAACCCGGGGACUCUUCCCAAGAAAGUUCAGAGCUCGACCAGUAAAGUUAUCCACAUCAAUCUCUCAAAGUCGGCGGCAUCCCCACCUUUGACAUGGAAAACGGCCUGCGGAUGGGGCUACUAUGGCAGCAACUUCGUGUUCCAAGACGCGGAAGCGGUGGUCACAUGCCAGAAAUGUACAAUUCGAUUUCCCACCCACCCACGCCUAAGAGAGGAGUUCAAAGCGCUAUGCGCCUUGGCGGAACAGUCCUGCGUCAUGGGCAUCGAUUACAGGUCGAUUGGUGUUGGUUGGAACCACCCGACCACGCGCAUGGCCUACCGCCAGGGCCAGCACCGCUCGACGCGCUGCAGUCAGUCGCAGCUGCGACAGAAGCAGUCGCGGCAGCGCUUAGCUGAGCUGCUGGAGGCAAGGGAUCUGAAGAAAGCGCUGGUGCAUCUCUUCCUCUCCGAGAUCGGUGCGGAGGACAACAGCACCGCGACCUUCGAGGCUGUGGCGGCGGCGCUGGAGGCGGAGCUGCUGCUGCCGCUGCGCGCGCUUAACGAGUGUGGCCCGCUGGGGCGGACCAUGACCGGGGCGCCAUUGCCGGCGGAGGAGCUGCGCAAGGUGAUCCAAGAGCUCACCAGGGCCGUGUGUUCCGGCGGCUUCAGCGAGUGGCGUUACAGCAAUCCGGUGGGCCAGGAGAUGGCGAUGGAGCAACUGCGUGGCUUGUCGCCGGAGCAGAUCGAUCUUUGGCGUCAAAGCAGUUCCAUGGAUCACGCAGGUGGCUUGGUGACCCAUGAGGACGCGCCGGGAGAGCUGGGUUUCUUCUGGGCCACGAAAAUCGGAGGACCGUCCCAUGGCUUUGAUGUUGAAACUCAGUGCAUUCUUCCGCUGCUGUGCAAUGCAAGGCAUAAGGUCAUCCUGGUGAGCGAUCCUGACUGGACCCAGCACCCAGUGGGACGGGCGCACUGGCGCCUGCUGUGGACUGUGGGCGAUGGGAAGAAGUCUCCAGAGCCACGGCUGUGGCUGGAGACUGUGAACGUCGACUUCGAGGCCCCCGUCUCCACUGAGGGCUGGGAGCUGAGCGUCCUGAGCCACGCCAUGCGCAAGGCUGAUGAGAUGAAUGUCACCCUGUCGGUGGAGAGUUCUUUGGGUGACCUUCUACAGCGCUUGAUUGAUCACCACGCGUGUUCCCAUGAUGCCGUCGACGUUCGCGAGCGGAUCUUGCUGCGACCCAGCAAGGCCAUCUUGGAGGCUUCCGACUACCUGAGUCCGAAGCACGACUGGGUACAGGACAAAGACGAGGUCACUGAUCCCCUUCGCCGCUGUCUCUACAAGCCCGGCAAGAAACGGUCUCACAUCUGA